AUGGAAAUAGCCGUUAAUUGUUCCCUCUUCCUGGGUUUAAAUCCUAAGAUAAUUAGAAACAAUCGGAGGAUCAGUGCAUCUAUUCCCAGCCUUACUUGCAGGAGAACAAAAUUCUCCCAUCAAAUCAUGUAUUCUGCUCUAGCACUUAGCAGAAGGGAAAGUAAUAAGUAUAUUCCUGCAAUUUGUGCUGUGUUAUCAGGCACAGAAGACAUUGGAGUAUCGUCUUCUCAGUUUGAAGAUGUUCCUAUUACAGUUACUACUUCAGGUGCCAGUGUUGCCGGUGAACUAAAGUUAAACGUAGAGGUAUCUGGUGCUAAAACUCGAGCAAUUUUUGACGAAGUUUUUGACAAAAUGGUUACUGCAGCCCAACCAAUACCUGGAUUUCGAAGAGUGAAAGGAGGGAAAACACCCAAUAUACCCAGAGACAUUUUGCUAGAAGUCCUUGGACCUUCUAAAGUUUAUAAGCAAGUAAUCAAGAAAGUGAUCAAUUCUGCGAUAGCUGAAUAUGUAGAGAAGGAAGGUUUAAAAGUUAGAAAGGACUUGAGAGUGGAGCAAAGCUUUGAAGAUCUUGAAGUUGCUUUUGAACCAGGUGAAGAUUUCAGCUUUGAUGCUGUCAUUCAUCUUCCCUAG